AUGAAGGCCACAUUUCUUACCUUGCUUGUUCUCUUUGUCGGCCUAGUUGUUGCAUCACCGAUGUUCCAAGGCGAUGAUAAUGAGAAUGUUGAAGUUUCUGAGAAAGGACAGUGCGACUGGACAGACCCGGGCUGCGAAGCCUGGGAUCCAAUCAGUUGCACCUGCCAGGGCGAGGGCUACAUUUCCCAGAGCGAACCCUGGGAUGACUCUCCAGAUAUGAGCGGCGAGAAACUUAGCAGCCGCCAGGUAAAGAUCCGAACACGGUCGACGAAAGCCGUCAAAGGCUUCUACAGCGGCAAAGUGAAAGGAAAUUGGGUCGCAGUGGAUAACGAUGCUUAUCAGAAAGCCAAGCAGGCAGUUCUGAAACAACUAUCUUCGGACCCACUGGUUUCCUUCGGGCAAGUUGAUGAUUUAUCAAAGAAAUUCAGAGCCAAAGGUCAGUCGUGGAGGUGGACUGGCAAAGUUGACAAGAAGAAGCUUUCGGAGCAGGCCCACACAGACCAUGGGCCUUUCGGUCAGUUCAAGAAUUGGCAGGGAACUAGGUUCUAUGACUUCACCUUUUAUUUCAGGGUGACUUGA